AUGGAACCUUUGUAUAAGCUAUUAAAAAAGGAUGCACAAUUCGACUGGAAUAGGGAGUGUGAAAAAGCUUUUAGUAAUAUAAAGCAAGAAAUAUGUUCAGAUCGUGUUUUAAUACAUUUUGAUCCCAAAUUACCUGUAGUUUUAUCAACUGAUGCUAGCAAUUCAGCAGUAGCCGGUGUACUUUCUCAUAUUUGUUCAGACGGCAAUUUGCGACCAAUAGCUUUCGUUUCCAGAGCGUUGAAUGAUGCCGAGAAAAGAUAUAGCACAAUAGAAAAGGAGGCUUUAGCUAUUGUAUAUAGUGUGACGAAAUUGAAACAAUAUCUUUUGGGUAUGCCUUUCAUUUUACGCACAGAUCAUAAGCCCUUGUUAACUAUAUUUGGUGAAUAUAAAGGUAUUCCUAUAAUGGCUGCGUCUCGGAUGCAAAGGUGGGCGUUAAUCUUGUCAGGCUUUAAUUAUAGAAUUGAAUACGUAAAGGGAACAUUAAAUAAUGCCGAUGGUCUAUCACGCAUGUCACAAUCAACAAUUGGUGAAACUGAACAAGAUCCUAGCUAUAUUAGUUACGUAGGUUUUGUAAAUGCAUUGCAAUUAGAUUAUAAAGAUGUUGCAAAAGAAUCUCGCAGAGAUCCGGUACUGUCAAAAGUAAUUGAUGGUGUUCAAAAUGGCACAGUAUCUCAGUUAAAAAGUAAAGAGUUUGAAUCCUUUCGUUUAAAAGCACUUGAGCUAACUGUAGAAUCGGGUUGUCUUUUGUGGGGAUACAGAACUGUAAUUCCCUUGAAAUUCCAAAAAACUGUAUUGGGUAUAUUACACGAGUCUCAUAUAGGCAUUGUAAAGACAAAAAUGCUAGCGCGUUCCUACAUAUGGUGGCCUAAUAUAGACAAAGAUAUAGAAGCGUUAGUUAAGGAAUGUGUUUCUUGUCAAAGGACACAGGAAAACCCUGAAAAGAGCCCACUAAUUCCAUGGGUACCAACCGAAUCAGCUUGGAAGCGAAUACAUAUAGACUUUUGUGGCCCGAUUAAUUCAUUUUACUUGUUCAUAGUCAUAGAUUCUUUUUCUAAAUGGGUAGAGGUUUUCAAAACUAAGGAAAUAACUUCAUCUUUCGCUAUAAAAAAAAUUCGUGAAGUCAUCUCUAGAUUCGGAUUAUUCGAUACGUUGGUUAGUGAUAACGGUAGGCAAUUCACAUCGUCAGAACUUAAGAAUUUCACAAAGAAAAAUUGUAUAACCCAUAUUUUUACGGCACCUGGCCAUCCAGCCACAAACGGUCAAGCCGAAAACUUUGUAAAAGCGUUAAAAAAGUCAUUGUACGCUAAUCUAUCAUCCAAUGAUAAAAUCGAAUUUGAUACUGCUUUACAUCGCUUUCUCUUUGAUUAUCGCAUCUCUAAACAUUGUACUACAAAUGAGUCACCGGCGAAGUUAUUAUUAGGUAGAGAAUUAAAGUCUCGUUUCAACUUAUUAAAACCACCAAUUACGAAAGCCAUAAUUGAAGCAAAGCAUCAUUCAAUGAUUGCAAAUUUUAGAGGCAAACGAAAUAUUAAGCUUUCACACGGGCAGAAGGUUUAUGUAAGAACUUACAAGAAUCCGAACAAAGCAAGUUGGUCGCCUGCAGUUGUCAAAAAAUGUUUUGGCCCAAGAAGUUAUAGUUGUUUGUUUACUCACGAAAAUCGCGAAAUAAAACGACACAUCGAUCAAAUAAGACCUCGUGAGGAGCAACAAUUGAAUGAAAUUGUGAAGAACGAACUGAUCGAGCCUGGAUCGCAGUCACAAGCUGUUGCUUCCACCUCCACGAUGGAUGUUGCUCAUCAACUCGUAAACAAUUCGGUUGGAGAUGGAGAGGACCGAGCUGAGUCAANUUGA